AUGUUCCAUCACUUGGUCAGUAGUGGGAGAUCCUUACGCAUUUCCUCCAACCCAUCCAUGUUAAGUUGCUUCAAUAAACUUUUGAGGAGGAUGUCACAUGUGCAGGUCGGAGAUAGCGCUGAGAUCUCUAGGACCUUCACUCAGAAAGACGUUAAUCUCUUCUCUGAGCUGACCGGCGAUACUAACCCAUUGCAUUUUGAUGAGGCCUUUGCUAAGAACACAAGAUUUGGAAAACCUGUGGUCCAUGGGGUGCUCCUCAAUGGCCUGGUGUCUGCAGUGUUGGGUACGAAGCUGCCAGGGGACGGCUGUGUGCUUCUUUCCCAGGACAUUCGCUUUCCAGCACCUCUGCAUUCUGGAGAAGAAGUCGUAGCUAGAGCGGAAGUGAAGGCUGUAAAGAGAUCAUUGGCUUUCAUCAAAGUAUCAUGUGUUACUACUGAUGGUGGCCGGACCGUCAUGGAAGGAAUUGUUAAAGUGCUAAUUCCUGGUGUCAACUGAUCGGGGGUUGUAAAUUAUCUUUGGAAUGAAAAAGAGAACAGAGGAUCAUUUUGGGCUUUUUGCCUUUUCAGCACUGAAUAUUGUUAGUGAUUCUUUUAUUACAGAUAUGAAUUCUGCUGCUAAGUUAGCAGCGUUAUAUGGACAGUCAAAACAUUGGUUGACAACUAUUAUCAUCUUUUCAUUUAUAUACAAACAGAUGUAAGAGUAAUAAAGACAAGAAGACCAAUAAUAGUUUUUGUCUUCUCUGCAUGCCCAAAUAAAAUACGGUAUCAAU